UUGUCCUCCGCUCGCUCUGGAGAUGCUGCGGCCGUCUCUCCAUCUCUGCGUGUAGCUCAGCAGCUAGCUCUGCGUUAGCCGCCUGCUAGCCAGCAGCCCUGCAGCCUCUCGGCACCGGCAGCUGAUCCGGACCCGCUCUCUGCCUCCAGAACCUUUCGGGUCCGCUCUGGUGUCCACCCGUCCUGUUUGUCUUCCGUGUGAUGCUGGAAAUGGGGCUGAGCUGUUGCUAGGCGACAACACACCUGGAACAACAAGGUGUGUGUGUGUGUGACGUCGGGGGGCCUCCCAGUGAGCUGGGCCCAGCAGAACCUCAGCAGAACCUCAGCAGAGGACGGUUCUGCUCCUCCACAGAGCACGGCUCUGGGUCAGACUGGGUUGAAGGUGUUCUGUGACGUAAACGGGCCCGGUCUCACCUCUGGGUCUCUGAUUGGUCGACGAAGGCCACAGGUCCAUCCGGCGUGCCGGCGCCUCCCGUCCACACGGUUAAAAACGGGGCGGUACGGACCAUCAGAACCGGGCCAGAACCUCUGACACCACGGGGCCUGCAGUCCGACCCGGGAGACGGAUCAUACAGAACCUUGUUUUCUCCUCAGGAUUACGACAGAACGCGUCCCUCAGGAUGAUGGACAGAGGAUCCUGACGGACCGGUGCUGCUCGCUUUGGUUCUGGCCGGGUUCUGGCCCGCAUGGUUCUCCCCGCUGCCCUGUCCCGGAGCGGGUUCCUCCACCACUUGCUGGUUGCAACAACACCCUUCAUAGUGACGUCCUGCAGUUAAACGGGUUCUGGUUCUGAGAUCCAGGUGUGUGAUGCGGCGGCUGCGCUGUGGUAGCCAGGAGUCGUUGCUAAGCACCGGCUGCGUGUCAUCGCUGGAACUCAGGAUGGACCAAUCAGUGAUCAUCAAACCCGUCCACUCGUCCCUGCUGGGACAGGACUACUGCUUCGAGGUAACGACCACCACGGGCACCAAGUGCUUCUCCUGCCGCUCGGCGGCGGAGCGCGACAAAUGGAUGGAGAACCUGCGGCGCGCCGUUCACCCCAACAAGGACAACAGCCGGCGGCUGGAGAACGUCCUGACGGUGUGGGUGAUCGAGGCCAAAGACCUGCCCGCCAAGAAACGGUACUUCUGCGAGCUGUGUCUGGAUGACAACCUGUACGCCCGCACCUCCUGCAAGCUGAAGACGGACAACAUCUUCUGGGGGGAGCGCUUCGACUUCAGCAGCCUGCCGCCGGUGGCUUCCAUCACGCUGCACCUGUACAAGGACACCGACCGCAAGCGCAAGAAGGACAAGAGCAGCUACGUGGGGCUGGUGAACAUCCCCGCCGCGGCGGUGAGCGGCCGGCAGCUGGUGGAGAAGUGGUACUCGGUGAGCACGCCCAGUACGCUCCGAGCAAAGUCGUCGGUUCCGACGGUGCGGGUCAAGGCGCGGUACCAGAGCAUCGUCAUCCUCCCCAUGGAGCAGUACAAGGAGUUCGCCGAGUACAUCAGCGCCAACUACCUGCUGCUCUGCUCCACCCUGGAGGCCUCCAUCAGCCUGCGGGCCAAGGAGGAGCUGGCCGCCGCCCUGGUGCACAUCCUGCACAGCACGGGCAAGGCCAAGGACUUCCUGACCGACCUGAUGAUGGCCGAGGUGGACCGUUGCCGCGACAACGACCAGCUGAUCUUCAGAGAGAACACGCUGGCCACCAAAAGCAUCGAGGAAUACCUGAAGCUGAUUGGACAGAAGUACCUGCAGGACGCUCUGGGUGAGUUCAUCAAAGCUCUGUACGAGUCCGACGAGAACUGCGAGGUCGACCCGUCUCGCUGCGCCGCCGCUGACCUCGCCGAGCACCAGGCCAACCUGAGGAUGUGCUGCGAGCUCGCCUUCUGCAAGAUCCUCGACUCCUACAGGGUGUUCCCGCGGGAGCUGAAGGAGGUGUUCGCGUCGUGGCGGCAGGAGUGCGGUAACCGGGGGCGACCGGACAUCAGCGAGCGCCUCAUCAGCGCCUCGCUGUUCCUGCGCUUCCUGUGUCCCGCCGUCAUGUCGCCGUCGCUGUUCGACCUCACGCAGGAGUACCCCGACGAACGCACCGCCAGAACCCUCACCCUCAUCGCCAAGGUCAUCCAGAACCUGGCCAACUUCAGCAAGUUCGGCACCAAGGAGGAGUACAUGCUGUUCAUGAACGACUUCGUGGAACGUCAGUGGAGCAGCAUGCAGCGGUUCCUGCAGGAGAUCUCCAACCCCGACGGACUCAACCACACGGCCGGCUUUGACGGCUACAUCGACCUGGGCAGAGAGCUGAGCAGCUUACACACGCUGCUGACCGAGCUGGACCAGGUAACGCACCUGAGCUUCCAGUCGUGUCUGUCUAAGCUCGGCCCGCUUCCUCGGAUCCUCAGAGACGUGUCGGCGGCCCUGGUCCACCCCGGGGGCCUGGUCGGAGCUGCGGGGGUGUCGGUUUCAUCUCCAGAGCCUCAGCGGGUGGUGUCCCCGCCCCCUCUGUCCCCGCCCCCUCUGUCGCCGCCGCUGUCUCCGCCGCUGGCCGCCUGCAAUCCCUCUGUUGGCCUGCAGGGCGGCGUAGGACUGGACGGAGGCUGCGUCGACUUCACCAGACUUCCGUCUCCGACGCCAGAGAACAAAGAUCUGUUCUUCGUCACCAAAGGAUCCAGCCUGCAGCCUGCAUCAGGUAUGCGAGGAUCUCCAGCUCCGAGCUCGUCCUACUCUGAGCCCAACGAGAACGAAGCCGGCUACGACUUGACCAACGGAGGCCGGAGAGAGGGGGCGGAGCUGACCCACGAGAGCCGCAGUCUGUCUCUGGUGGACCUGCAGGACUCCUCCCCCAGCGACGGCCUGGACGACGGCCAGUGGCAGCGCAGAACCGGGCUUCUGCCGUUGUCUUUCCAGAACCCCGUGUAUCACAUGACCGCCACGUCCCCCCGGCAGCCGCAGCAGCAGACGGACGCCACGCCUUCAGACGGCUCGGUGGGCUCGCAGGGAACCUGCGAGGAAAGGAGCGCCGUGGCCACCAAGCCAGCCUUCCUCACCCAGAUGUCUGUGGGCGUGGGCGGGGCGGAGCGGGGGGAGAGGAUGUCGGCCAUGUCGAGCAGCAGCAGUGGGGAGGAAUACUCCCGACGGGCGCUGUCUCUCACCGACACUCUCUCAGGUAGCUCAGCCCCCCCUCGGCAGAACUCGGGUCCUCAGAGACGCAUCGAUCAGCCUCCACCGCCCUCCUCUGCUCCGCCCGGCCCUCCUCGAGGUCGCACACCUCCCAGCAUGCUGACUGGCGGAGGCCCCGCCUACCCUCCACGCCCCGCCUCCGGCAGUAUGAUGUCAUCGAGUCCUGAUUGGCCGAACAGUGGACAGUCACGUCUUAGACAGAUGUCAUCAUCAUCCAAGGGAGACAGCCCAGAGAAGCAGCGGCCUGCUGCCAAGGCUCCAUCUCCCUGUGCGUUGGACCGAACCGCCGCCUGGCUGCUGAACAUGAACUCUGCGUCCUCCUACGGUGAGGCCGAGGAUGAUCGUCAUGACGACGCGUUGGUGGAGAAGUACCAGCAGGAGAUCGCUCUGCUUCAGGAGAAGCUGCGGGUCGCAGCGCUGCGACAGGAGGAAUGUGAAGCCCGGCUGAUGGUCCAGGAUCAACAGAACCAACGGAUGCUGCAGGAAUAUCAGGCCCGGCUGGAGGACACAGAGAGCCGACUGAGGAGGCUACAGGAUGACAAAGACCUUCAGAUGAACAGCAUCAUCAGCAGGUUGAUGGCAGUUGAAGAGGAGCUAAAAAAGGAUCAUUCUGACAUGCAGGCCGUGGUCGACCAAAAGCAGAAGGUCAUCGAGGCGCAGGAGAAGAGGAUCGCGAGCCUGGACGCAGCCAACACCCGCCUGAUGGCGGCGCUGACGCAGCUGAAGGAACGCUACGGUGUGACGUCACAGAGGAACGGCCUGUCGCCCAGCAACACCUCGUCGCUGCAGAUCACGGAGAACGGAGAGUUCCGCAACUCCGGCAACUGCUGAAAACCGAGCCAGGGGCUGUGAUUGGCCGCCAACUGCAGGGAGGGCGGGGCUUGCGCACCGGGGACUAAAUCAACCAAUCGGUGCAGGAGGGGAAUCCAUUGAAUGUCAACUCCACCAACAUGACUUCUGACCCGAUCCCACCCUUGUUGCUAGGUUACCCUCACUUUUUCUGUUCUGCAUGUUCCUCCUCGGACGCUUGGUCCGACUUUUCUGUUUAGAUCUUCCUGAACCAACCUCAGCUUCACAUUAACUUACGGGCCUCAGCUGGACCUCGGGGUUCUGGACCUCGGGGUUCUGGUCCUCCAGGCUGUAGUUUAAAGGCCAACCUUUGAGCUGGAGCCGCUCCGUUAGGUUAGCCUAGCUUAGCGCGGCGGUAGCCUAGCCGUGACACCCCCCCCGCAGUGACUGUGUUGGCCUCUUUGGGCUUCCGUAGCUUUGGGUAUUUCAUUCCUGUCGACCCAGGUGAGCCGCUCCACGGUUAGAUGCUAGUUUGUGCCGUUUCAGAGAAUUUUAAUGUAAAACGACAGAUUUUAUUGUAAACAGUAAAAACUUUAACUUGUGAUGAUUUGUGCCCCCGUUCACUGUGGCUUCUGUCUGUUCUGUAUCUAUGAGCCUCUGUUCUGUUAUUUAUCUACGGCAGUAUUUAUAAAGGAGAGCCGCUCCAAUAAAACCAGGCUGUCAA